GAGCCGCUCGCUCGCAGCCAUCGAGCCACAGGACUGGCAGACAGCGAGUGUCUCUCUCUGCUUCUUUCCGUGGAAUUUCAAUUAUUUUAUUUAUUUAUUUAUUUAUUUUUCUCUCAGCGGGGGUGACUCACGACUCCGCAGGGAAUACGUGACGGGUUUACGGUGUGGAACCGUUUGGCUGGCACUGGUGGUCACAGGGAGCUCAGCAAUGAACAAGCUACGGCAGAGCUUCCGGCGGAAGAAAGACAUCUACGUGCCAGAGUCGAGCCGACCGCACCAGUGGCAGACGGACGAGGAGGCGGUCCGCAGUGGGAAAUGCAGCUUUGCAGUCAAGUACUUGGGACACGUGGAGGUGGAGGAGUCUCGAGGCAUGCACAUCUGUGAGGACGCGGUCAAGCGGCUGAAGACGGACAGGAAAUUCUUCAAAGGAUUCUUUUCCAAAGCCGGGAAGAAGGCGGUGCGCGCUGUGUUGUGGGUGUCCGCGGAUGGUCUUCGUGUGGUGGACGACAAAACAAAGGACCUGAUUCUGGACCAGACCAUUGAGAAGGUGUCCUUCUGCGCUCCGGACCGCAACUUUGAGAGGGCAUUUUCCUACAUCUGCCGGGAUGGGACGACGCGGCGUUGGAUCUGCCACUGUUUCAUGGCCGUCAAAGACUCUGGCGAGCGUCUCAGUCACGCCGUGGGCUGCGCCUUCGCCGCCUGUCUGGAGCGCAAGCAGAAGCGGGAGAAGGAGUGCGGGGUCACGGCGACCUUUGACGCCAACAGAACCACAUUCACCCGCGAGGGCUCCUUCCGCGUCACCACGGCAACAGAGGCGGCCGAGCGGGAAGAAGUCAUGAGGCAGCUGCAGGAUGCUAAAAAAGCUGAGGGCGACGUGAAGGUGGCAGGAAACUCUUCGGGCGUGGUGACAAACUCCGCCCACCAGAGUGGAGGCUCUCCAUCUCCCUCAUCCUCACCACCCCUCUCGCUGAGUUCCCUGGGCCCUCAGGCGAUACCCCGCAGACACGCCCCCGUGGAGGCUCUGGCCAGGCAGGGCUCCUUCAGGGGCUUCCCGGCCCUCAGCCAGAAGACCUCGCCCUUCAAGCGGCAGCUGUCCCUGCGCAUGAACGAGCUGCCCUCCACCAUGCAACGCAAGUCAGACUUCCCCAUCAAGAACACGGUGCCCGAGGUGGAGGGAGAGAAUGACAGCAUCAGCUCGCUGUGCACUCAGAUCACCACGACGUUCAGCGGACCCCCGCAGGACCCCUUCUCCUCCGCACCGAUGCCCAAAGCAGCCUCCCCGCAGUCUCCUGUAGCACCUGUCAACGGCUCUGCCGCCGCCGCCGCCACCGCCGUCGCCGUCUUCUCCUCUCCUCCUGCUCAUAAUCCUCCAGCUCAGACCUCAGCUUUUGCCCCCGCUCUGCCCGCUAGAGAAACUAACCCCUGGGCUAAGACCCACGCUGGGGCCCCUGCCCCCACAGGACCCGGAAACGAUUGGUCAGCUCCCACGCCCGUCAUCAUCGUCCCGCCAACGUCAUCUCCAGUGGUGCCCUCCCACAAGCGUACGCCCUCGGAAGCAGAGAAAUGGUUGGAUGAGGUUUCAAAGUCUGUCAGGGCUCCGCCUCCUCAUCCCAUCCUGGCCCCAGCGCCGCCCCCCGCCCCCGUGCCCAUGCCCGUGUCGUCUUUACCCCCAGUGGCAUACGUGUCUUCCCUGCCGUCAACGGUGCCCCUUCUGCCCCCCCGCCAGACUGCCUUCCACCCCCAGCCUCCGCCCUCCUACCCCAUGUCCAACGGGCUGACUUUCCCGCAGCCCAGCGUCCCCGUGGUUGGCAUCACCCCUUCGCAGAUGGUGGCUAAUGUCUUCGGCUCGGCCGCCCAGCUGCAGCCCUAUCCCACCCCCGUGCCUGUAGCACCCUUGCACGACACUCAGCCCGCCGGUAUGCCGGGCCCCGUCCUCAAGCCGCCGCAGCCCGCCGCCGCCAUCCCCGCCCCUGUCCACCCAGCCAAUGGCAGCGAGAGCUUUAACGGGGCAGACAACUGGGCUGCCCUCUCCCACCUGGCCUCGUCCUCCACGCCGGCGCCACCCCCAGUGCAGCAACAGCAGGAGGACGCCUUCGAGGCCCAGUGGGCGGCAUUGGAGGGCCGCUCGCGCCAGCACACCACGCCCUCGCCGACCAACCCUUUCUCCACCGAGCUGCACAAGACCUUUGAGAUCCAGCUCUGAUUACUGUGCCUGAGAACGUACUGGUCAACAUAGAGGCCCCUUUCCUCCACUGGGGUCCAACCGUCUGGGUCGGGUGUCCUCCCACCACGAAACUCGCACCCCCCCCCCCCC